UCUCUCUCUUUCACCCUCGCAAAGAAGCAAGAGUAGCUAAGCUUCUGGAGUUCAUAGCAAUGGCGGAAGGGAAGCAUACCUUCUUCUCGAUCCUUCUCGUAUCUCUAAUGGUGGUGGUGUGGUCACCGGCCGGUGACGCUCAUAACAUCACCGCCAUCCUCGAUGGCUUCCCGGACUACAGCCUGUAUAAUAGUUAUCUCACGCAAACUAAGGUCGCCGACGAGAUCAACUCCCGUGAUACGGUGACGUGCCUCGUGCUUCCCAAUGCCGCCAUGGCGGCUCUCGCCGCCAAACGCCCUCUCGCCGCCAUCAAGAACGCUCUCCAGCUUCUCACUCUCCUCGACUACUUCGAUCCCGCCAAGCUCCACAACCUCCAGGGCGGCGCCGUCCUCUCCACCACGCUCCUCCAGACCACCGGCAACGAGCCCGGUAACCUAGGGUUUGUGAACAUCACCAAUCAGCGCGGUGGCAAGGUCGCCUUCGCCUCCGCCGCUCCCGGCUCCAAACCUGAUGCUACUUACACCAAAGCCAUCAAAGAGGAACCGUACAACCUCUCCGUCGUCGAGAUCUCCGCGCCGAUCACUUUCCCAGGCCUUCUUGACGCCCCCACCGCCUCCGGUUCCAACCUCACCGGGCUUCUCGAGAAGGCCGGGUGCAAGACCUUCGCCUCCCUUCUUUCCUCCUCUGGUGUCCUCAAGAUCUUCGAGUCCGCCAUGACUAAGGGCCUCACCCUUUUCGCUCCCAAUGACGAGGCCUUCAAGGCUCCGGGCAUCCCCGAUCUGGCAUCCCUUUCUAGUGCAGAGCUCGUCACGGUCCUUCAGUACCAUGCGCUGGCGUCUUACACCCCCAAAGCGUCGUUGAAGACGGCGACUGGUCGGCUUGCCACUAUGGCCUCCAGCGGAGCCGGAAAGUACGACCUCGGUGUCGUCACUCGAGGCGACGAUGUUAGCCUUAGCACCGGCGUUGACAGCUCCCGCGUCGCCAGCACCAUUCUGGAUGACACCCCUGUCUGUGUACUCACCGUUGACAGCAUUCUCCUGCCCGUCGAGCUCUUCGGCAAAGCACCCUCGCCGGCCCCAGCACCAGGACCAGCAGCAACCCCGCCAUCACCGACUCCGUCGCCAGUCGAGGCCCCAGCUCCAUCACCGAAAAAGGCAAAAGCCCACCCGAAAAAGCAUCACUCUCCACCCGCGCCGCCAGCUUCUUCUCCUGCAACUGAAUCACCAUCAGAUGCCCCAGCAGCUGAUGAGAAGGCAGCUGACGACAAAUCCGCAGCUCCGGCGAUGCUUGCCGGAACCCUAAUUUCUCUUAUCUCCAUCAUCGUGGCACUGGUUUCCGUUUUUUGAAAAGAAGCCCACUUGUGUUGUGAUUGACGCUUGAGGACAGACAGGCAGGCAGGCAGGCAUGGUGUUUGAUAAAAAUGUGUUAAGCGAGUGGGAUUGGUGGUGGGAGGGAAUCAUAACUCAUAAGAGAGAGAGAGAGAAAGAGGGAGUGGUACAUGAGGAGGGCAUGUGAGGGCACAGCUGAGCAGGUGCUGCUUUUAAUUGGGAUUUUGCUUAUUGUCUCCUUUUGGCGUUGUUUGUUGUUGUGGUCCAUUUGGGUGUUUGGUUUGGUGGGAGCCUUCUUGUUUGUUGGGUUUGGGGUUGGGUUACUUGGUUCACUUCUUCUUUGUGUAUGAAACCCACUGGUGGCGUCGCGUUGCAGCAUCAUCGGUGGGUAGGCCUCAAAUCCAUAGUAAGAGCGCUUUUCAUCA